GUUGAUGAUGAUCGUGAUGUUGUAACAAAUAUCAUUAUUCUCUCAUAGUAUUAUCGAAUAUUUUGACUAGUAGUUGUUAAUUACAAUCAAAUAUAAAAAUUCGUCCCUUGGAAACAAAUAAAAAAAAUCUUCAAAAUUAAAACAUAUAAAACGGGGAAGAAAUAAAGAUGCAKUCUCCAAGAAAUCACGUUCGACCGAUACAUUCAACGCCAAAGCCGUAUACGUCAGCUUUAUGGUCAUUCAUCUGCCAGAUUUCAUUUCGACUUUUGACAAUUCAAGAUAAAAACUCAUCGAAAAGUUGUUAUUGUCAAGGGUUUUGGGACACGAAUAUGAAAUCAGCCUGUGUGUUUGUAUUUGUUAAGUCUACCCACGCACUUCUCUUGGAUAAGCCUUAAGGACACAACUGAACGUCCAAUGUGCCAGGUGUCUUGGCCGAGGUGAUUCUCCAGGCAACGCUCUUCAAUCGAGAACAGUUGACUCUCUGUAUUUUAGAAAUCAGACGCAGCGAACACUAGAGAAGCCUUUAGCUUUCCUUUUCAUCUCGCGAGCAAUCAUGGACGAAGCAAGUCGCAGGUUCAGAUUGAGUGUAACUGAAGGGAGACCUGUGUUUAGCAAUGAAUCCAAUAAGACGCGAGGAGUUGAGAGCGGAGAUCUAAGACACAGAUUCGCUUCCUCCAAAACAAAGUCCGAUCCAGUCGAGCUAUCCAGAAUGGCCAUGGCUUCCCAGGAUUCCACUCUACUGAGCCCAGUCCCCAAAGAUAAACUCCGUUCAACAAGAAGUCAUUCGCUCAAAGUUUUCACUAUGCAGCCAUCAUUUCUGUACCAGCGUUCUAAACGCACGUUCAGUCUCCCAUGCACGCCAAGACCUAUUUUCCCGCCAUCAAUACAAAUCGAGCAAAGCCGAUUUGUGGACGAGGAUAUCAUCGAGGAGCCUGGAAACAAGCCUGUCCCCGUGGAGGACACUUUAUCAUGCUUCACCGCUGUCAUGGGGUUAGGUUGUAGUCUGUUUCUAUUUGCAUGGUCAUGUCUGCUUUCCAAUGUCUCCAGAAUAUAUCACGAUCACUACACGAGUAACGAUAUGAAACCUGCAUCACAGCCAUCGAUACAACAGCAAAACCAAAACAAACUCGAUCGAAACCUUACACCAAAGAUGCCAGACCGAGUCUACAGGCCGCUUAAAAAGUACUACACCUAUCCUUUACCAAGCAGAAUUCUCGAAAACGAGACGGAAGAUGAAUCUGACUUUUCCGAAGAAGAAAUAAUCGAAGUCAAGCAACCAACUUUGGUAAUUCAAGACACUCUAUCAUGCUUUACCGCAGUGAUGGGACUCAGCUGUAGUUUGUUUCUCUUUCUAUGGUCGUGUGUGCUGUCUAACUAUUCCAGGAAAUAAGGUGAGACGUGUUUUGAUUCCUUUAAUUUAUCUUUAUGAACACCUUACACCACACACGUAAGACACUUACAACACGCUGGCUCUUCCCUAACUCUACUUAGCAACACUCUAAAGCCACAAGGGAUUUCAAGACUGUUAGCGCUGUCCCCGCAAAUCAGAAAAUAUUAACACCAAUUAAGGUUUUUGAAUAGUUUUAUGAGUGUUUACAUCAAAAGUCCGAAAAAAAAAAACGCAAAUCCAUCCGCUUUCGAGAGUAUUUCCUAGUGAACAUUGCAUUUUUGAUUAAUCAAAACUUGAGCGCGCUUUCGAGAAUAGUGCAGACCGAGGCCAAAGKACAACCAAAAGUGUUAAGUUUGAGGGCUAGACUUACUUUAGAUAAAACUAAAUGAAAACCAUCUUCCUGUUUUAUAAUUAUAAGAGUUGACAGGUUAAAAACUCAGUUAAGCCACAAAGAAUUCCAGCCUCGUUCAAUUUGUUAGCCGUCUCUAGGUGUGCCAAGAGUAGGUCGUAAAGCCUUUGCGUUAAUAGCAUUUUUAAGAGAUACCCGCUCCUUACAAAAAGGCGAAUAGUUAAGCACCUUUUCGCAAUCAAGGAGUGGCACUCUAUAUCAACUUGACAAGGUUUAGAUUGUAAAUGAAGAU